UGUUAACAUCUGCUGAGAUUUAGAAAACUUCAUCUUGACAACUAUAAAGGGGGAAAGAUCAGCCAUCACUUCUUUCCCCACUACUGUCUCUGCAAGAUACAAGUACUUCUUCUUUUCACCGUCACUGACAGGAAUUCAAAAGGGCAUAUAGAAGCAAACAUUGCUAUUCCUCUUCCUCUAUUUGUUUGUUAUGCAAAUAAAGGACCUACCUGUCCGUGGAUGUUACCUGGGUGUUACUUAAACUGGCCCCUCCUCUUGAUGAACACUGUAAGGUGAGACAGAGGAGACGCAGACCACGUUGUUAUUUACUUUGACAGUUGUCUGCUCUUUUUCCAACUCAAACAAAUGAAAUAAGUUCCUCAGUGAGGGUUCUUCAUCGCCCCGGUGGACGACUUCACCUGCAGCACCUAACCGGCUGAGAUCAUGGAAAUAACAGGAAAUGCUGCUCAGCACCUCACAUGUAGUAAUGAGAGUGAAAGGGUUGACCCCUAUGGCUUUGAGAGACACCAUGAUUUUGAGUCUUACAAGGAGAUGAUGAACGAAUAUGUAGCCGUCCUCAACAGGAGAUCUCUGAGAUGGUCCAAACUUCUGCAAGAGAAACCACAUAUGGAGAAGAACCUGAGAGUGAAGAGGUACGUACGUAAAGGUGUGCCUAAUGAGCACAGGGCCAGGAUUUGGAUGGCAGCCAGCGGAGCACAGAAACAACUGGAGAGCAACCCAGGAUAUUACCAAUCUCUGCUGGCCAUGGAGCACGACACCAGGCUGAAGGAAACCAUUCGUACAGACAUGCACAGGACGUUUCCAGACAACGUCCUCUUCAGGAGCAAAGCAGAGCCGAGCCUGCAGAGAGCUCUGUUCAACGUGCUGCUGGCCUACGGACACCAUAACAAGGCAGUGGGUUACUGUCAGGGUAUGAACUUCAUUGCUGGCUACCUCAUUAUUAUCACCAAAGAUGAAGAAAACUCAUUCUGGCUCAUGGAUGCUUUAAUAGGCCGAAUGCUUCCAGAUUACUACAGCCCGGCCAUGUUGGGCCUGAAGACUGACCAGGAGGUUCUUGGGGAGCUGGUGAAGACCAAAGCUCCUGCUGUGGGACAGCUGAUGGCACAGUAUCCUGGAAUUUGGACGCUGGUGGUGUCCCGCUGGUUUAUCUGCCUUUACAUUGAUAUACUACCUAUUGAGACAGUCCUGCGGGUCUGGGACUGUCUUUUCUACGAGGGCUCCAAGGUUCUUUUCCGUGUGGCUCUGACUCUCAUCAUUCACCACCAGCCGGAGAUCUUGAGAGCUCGCUCUUUGAUGGAUGUGUGUGAAUGCUUCAAGCAAAUAACCAGUGGAGCUUUCACCCUGGACUGUCACACCUUCAUGCAGAAAAUCUUCACUGAACCCGGGAGCCUUUCUAUGGGAACUAUUGAUAAACUGAGAGAGAAAUGCAGACAGCGAAUACUGGAGGAAGAGUCUGGACAGCCCUAACUUUGCUACAACCACUUCCAUUCAGUGUAAGAAUCAAACUCUGCAUUAUAAGGAAAUGUUUCAACUCACCAAAUGUGCAUUGUUACCUUUGCUACUGUUGUAAAUUCAUAUAAAACACUAAUCCACUAAUAGUUAAAUCAGACGAUAUGCUAAGACUUCUUGACUGAUCAUGAAUAUCUCUGCUGCUGAAGCUGUGAUGUUUUUAUUACAUGCACUUUAGAAAUAUUGCCUUCCAAGAGUGAGUGAGAAUAUUUGUUUUAU